UCCCGUUAAAAGGGUGGGAGCGGCCCGGAGGCCCACCUCUCGCGAAGAGUCUUGAGACAGCUGGUGCUCCACCCCGCGGGAACAUCCUCCGGUCCUCAAUCAUGGCUUGUGGUCUGAUCGCCAGCAAUCUGAGUCUCAAACCUGGGCAGUGCCUCAGAGUGCAAUGCGAGGUGGUCCCCGAAGCCAAGAGCUUCGUGCUGAACCUGGGCAAAGACGGGGACAACCUGUGCCUGCACUUCAACCCUCGCUUUGAAGCCCACGGCGAUGUCAACACCAUUGUGUGUAACAGCAAGGAUGGCGGGGCCUGGGGCGAGGAGCAUCGAGAGUCCGCCUUCCCCUUCCAGCCCGGGACUGUCACAGAGGUGUGCAUCUCCUUCGACCAGGCCGACUUGACCAUCAAGCUGCCAGAUGGAUACACCUUCAAGUUCCCCAACCGCCUCAACCUGGAGGCCAUCAGCUACCUGGCAGCUGAUGGUGACAUGAAGAUCAAGUGCCUGGCCUUUGACUAAAGGCGCCGGCCCGUGGCCCCUAAUAAAGGCAGCUGCCUCUGCUCCCCCUC